CAGAAAAGGAAGAGGGUGUAGUGAGAAAGGGGAGACUGUGCUAGGAGUUUGUUGAAGCGUUAUUUGCAGAGAGAAAGUCAUCUAAAGCCAAGGAGAAGAAGCAAAGAAGACUGGAGGAGAGAGCAGCAAUGGAUGCUGUCUGUGCAAAAGUUGAAACGGCAAACAAGCUCAAUGAUCCAUUAGCAUCUUUUCCUUCCUUCAAAAAAUAUGACAGAAAUGGAAUGAACAUAGUGAUAGAGUGUAAAAGAGUAACAGACUUGGACCCCAGCACUCUGGACUGGGCAGUGGAACUGACCAAGACGAACAUGCAGACCAUGUAUGAGCAAAGUGAGUGGGGCUGGAAGGAUCGGGAGAAGAAGGAAGAGAUGACAGAUGAACGAGCGUGGUACCUGGUUGCACGGGAAGGAGACAGUGCGGUGCCAGCAGCUUUCUCACAUUUCCGAUUUGAUGUGGAGUGUGGGGAGGAAGUACUGUACUGUUAUGAGGUUCAGCUGGAGAGUCGGGUGAGGAGAAAAGGGUUGGGCAAAUUCUUAAUGCAGAUUCUACAGCUUUUAGCAAACAGUACACAGAUGAAGAAAGUGAUGUUAACAGUAUUUAAGCACAACCAUGGAGCUUAUCAGUUCUUCAAAGAGGCGAUGCAGUUCGAUAUUGAUGAGUCAUCUCCCAGUGUCUCUGGGUGCUGUGGAGAUGACUGCUCCUACGAGAUACUAAGUCGGAGAACCAAAUAUGGGGAGCACCCACAUGGCAGUCCACACUGCGGAGGAUGCUGUCAUUGAAAGAUCAACAUUGAGCCCCCAUCUCCACCCCUCUAAAAUUCCCCUUCCAAACAGAUUCAUCAUACCAUGUGAAAAUGGAAACUGAGUUCAAUGUAGAAGCUAUCACAGCAUGUAAACUGUUGGAGAAAGCUUUGCUUGAAAGAUUUCUUUUCCAAACAUCCACUUAUCUAUAUGUACUGUGAAUAAAACCCAGACUCUCUCUGCCAGCCCCUACAACUCCAUAGCUGGCCAUUUGGAGCCAAAUCUCUUUGCUGUUUACGAGCUAAAUGAGAGCACAUCCUUCUAAAUAGUAAAAAGGCUGUUUCCAACUUUUUUUUUUAAGAAGCAACUUAUUUAUAUAUAAAAAUGUUUUUGAAAUAAUUGUCCAGUCUGAGCAGAAUAUCGAACAGAAAAAUACUGGAAUUGUGGGAUUUUUCUAAAGUUCAAUUUUUGAAUAACAUUUCAGCCAGUUUGAGGACAUACUGUAUAUUAUGUCUGUAAUAUAUUUAAUAAAACAGUUUUCUUUGAAUAUUUUCCAUUUUUAAUUCCCAUACACACUUGUAAUGAGUACUGCCUAUGUAAACCUGUCACAGGGUAAUAACACCCUGCUGUCUGGAGGUACUUAGCGUCUGACGACCUUACAUUGGUAGUGCUAUUGUCCAUGUGCAGGUUGAAAUUUGGAAUGGAAUUAAGAGCAGAAAUGUGGCAUUAAAAUAGGGUUUAAUCUCCAACUGGUCCGGUUAUUCCUCUCACUCUUCACCUGAAGUCUGCAAUAGCUCCCCACUAUCUCUAGAUUUUAAUAUAAAUAGAAACGAAUAUGUCCUUUUACUAGUUUUAUGUCUGGGUCUGACACUGCUAGCACCAAAUUGCAGAUUAAAUUACCUGGGGUUGUAAUGAUUGUACGUGACCAAGAAAAAGUUUGAGUACUGUGAAUGGGUCUGAUGACUAUCACCUAGAUCUGUUGAGUCAGCUAGUGCAUGUCAACCUGGAUAUGUUUUUAAAGUAUUGUUGGGUUUUGUGUCUUUGUCAUAGACAACCGGAAACUGAAAUCCAAACCAUAAAUUGUCCUUUACGUUGCAAACUUCCCUCUGAUUAUCUUUUCAUUUUUGAAUCAUGUCUAACUCUACUUGUGCAUAUUAGGAUUUGAUACUCAAAACAGGAUGCAUUUCCAAACAAACUAUUUGUACCAUGGGGUUGUGGGCCUUGUUUUUAAUAUAUUCAAUAAAUCUUUUUUACUGUU